GACGUUGUUGUUGUAAGUGGUAGAGAAUUACUUUGUCGGUGGUGGUCCGGUUCGGGGUCCUGUGCUCUGUGUAAGCCGUGAAUAUGCUUAAAAGUUAAAAUUCAAAUUUUUGAGGAAUAUAUGUGAUACUUACAAGCUGGGAGUUCCUGGAAAACUUAACGGGACGAUGAGAAGUACAUCUGCGUGGCCGCUGAAGGUUCCACCCUGAACAGCUGCAGGACAGGAGACGUUUCCACGCCUCCAUGUAACAUCCGGGUUCAUCAGGAAUAUUCCCAGUGCUUAAGGAAAUGUCAUCCUAAAUCUUUCAGCAGCACAGGGAACACCUUGAGCAGGUGUGGCCAGUAGAGUAGCUCACCAGAGGACGGCUCCACCUCCUCGCUGGUUGUCCCGUCUCGGAGAGCAGAGUCCGUGUUUUUUCUUUUUUUUUUUGUAUUUUUAAUGUUUGGAAGCAACCACUCAACUUGUGAAUUCAUGAUCACAUGACCGUGGACAUGGACGCAGUCCUGUCCGACUUUGUCCGUUCUACUGGAGCUGAACCCGGAUUGGCCAGAGAUCUUCUAGAAGGUAAGAACUGGGACUUCACGGCGGCGCUCAGUGAUUUCGAGCAGCUGCGACAGGUCCACGCUGGCAACCUGACGUACUCGUUCCCAGAAGACCGGAUCUAUCAGCCACCCGAGAAGGAGAUGGCCCGGGUGGGGCGUCCUGUUCUCCACCGGCAAGACGAGGUGGUGCAAGCGGCGUCAGAGAAGCGUCUGUCGAGGGGCAUUUCUCACGCCAGUUCCACCAUCGUUUCACUGGCCCGCUCUCACGUCUCCAGCACUGGCGGCAGCAGCAGCGAGCCGCUCCUCGACACGCCGCUCUGCACUUUCCAACUACCGGACCUCACUGUGUACAGGGACGACUUCCGCAGCUUCAUCGAGAGGGACCUGAUCGAGCAGUCCAUGAUGGUGGCCUUGGAGAACGCCGGACGACUGAACUGGUGGACAAAAGUGGUCCCAAACUGUCAGAAUCUGUUGCCGCUAGCGACGAGCGGAGACGGAAACUGCCUGUUACAUGCCGCCUCGCUCGGAAUGUGGGGCUUCCAUGAUCGUGACCUGAUGUUGCGGAAGUCUCUGUAUGCGCUGAUGGAUCACGGCCUGGAGAGAGAAGCUCUGAAGCGCAGGUGGAGGUGGCAGCAGACCCAGCAGAACAAAGAGUCCGGGUUGGUGUACACGGAGGAGGAGUGGCAGAAAGAGUGGAACGAGCUGUUGAAGCUGGCCUCCAGCGAGCCAAGAAUCCACUACAGCACCAACGGCACCAACGGGGCGGAAUCGUCUGACGAGCCGGUCUAUGAGAGCUUAGAGGAGUUUCACGUCUUCGUCCUGGCUCACGUCCUCAGAAGGCCCAUCGUGGUGGUGGCCGACACCAUGCUGAGGGACUCUGGAGGAGAAGCCUUUGCUCCCAUCCCAUUUGGAGGCAUCUACCUACCUCUGGAGGUGCCAGCUGCCAAGUGCCAUCGCUCUCCCCUGGUCCUGGCAUAUGAUCAGGCACACUUCUCUGCCCUGGUCUCCAUGGAGCAGAAGGACAGCUCCAAAGAUCAAGCAGUUGUGAUUCCACUCACCGACUCGGAGCACAAAAUGCUGCCUCUGCACUUUGCUGUGGAUCCUGGGAAGGACUGGGAAUGGGGAAAAGAUGACACAGACAAUGUGAUGCUGGCGAGUGUGGCGCUCUCGUUGGAGGCCAAGCUCCAGAUGUUACACACCUAUCUGACGGUAACCUGGCUGCCGCUGCCGUGUGAGCAAGCCCCUCUGGCCCAGCCCGAAUCCCCCACAGCGUCUGCCGGAGAGGACGCCCGAACGCCUCCCGACUCCGGAGAGUCGGACAAGGAGUCGGUCAGCAGCAGCUCCAACGGCAACGGAGAAGCAACAGCGGGCUCCACCGCCAACGGCAGCGGGUUGUUGGCCAAAAACAGCUCGUCUUCUUCCUCCAGCUCCUCCAGCAGCGGGUCCGCCGGCCCCGGGACGGGCGGGAAGGACAAAACCAAGAAGGAUAAAGAGAAAGACAAGAAGAGGGCGGACUCUGUGGCAAACAAGCUCGGCAGUUUUGGGAAGACGCUGGGCAGCAAGCUGAAGAAGAACGUCGGCGGGCUGAUGACGGGGAAGAACGCCGGAGCGGCCAGCGCCAAACCGGAAGGCGGGGAGAAGAAGAAGGGUUCGUUCAGGGGCAGGAAGGGCAGCAAGGACAGUUCGCCGUCGACCCAGGCCUCUGAGGACUCCGGGAAGGGAUCGCCGUCGUCGGGCAGCGAGCGCCUCCUGGGGACCAUGAGCAGCAUAAGCAGCAGCGGCGGCAGCAGCACAGAAAGUGAGCACUACAAGUACAGCGCCGACGUGAAGGUGAGCCUGGGCAUCCUGCGCGCCGCCAUGCAGGGCGAGAGGAAGCUCAUCUUUGCCAGCCUCCUCACCACCAGCAACCGCCAGCCCUUCCAGGAGGAGAUGAUCCAGCGCUACCUCUCCGACGCCGAGGACCGCUUCCGCGCUGAGCAGGAGCAGCAGCGGCGCGACGCCGAGCGGAAAGGCGUCGCCAAUAACCUCCAGCCGCCAAAGAAGGAGGAGCUGAGCUACCGGCCGUUUGAUGCCAAAGAGGAGCGGACGGAGUCCUUACCGCCCUCCUUCAACCCCACGCCGCUGAGCCCCUCCCUCUACUCCGCGGUCAUCCCCAUCCCUCGCCCGUCGUUCAUCGACCAGCCCCACGUGCCGACGCCACUGACUCAGCACCUCCACAUGCACGGCCACCUGGACGCACGGCGCCAGCUGGCCGGCGGCUCUCCAGCCGCCUCUUACCCGGGCCUCCCCGCCUACGCGACCCUGCCCCGCCACUGCCCCGCCACGCCGGGUCCCUCCCAUCCUCAGUACAUCCCCUCGUCCCUCAGCCCCUCCCGGCUCGCCCCCUCUUACCCGCCUGAGUUUGACCCGCCCGAUUACCCCGGCGCUGAGCCCGUCGCCGGUGGCUACACCAACGGUUUCCGGGAGCUGAACGCCGGCCUGGACUGUCGGAGCGGGCAGCCCCCCAUCAGACACUACUCUCUGGGCAGCGCGGGCGGCCUGUCCGGCCUGCAGUCCAGCCGCUGUCAGACACCCAGCUGCAACUACUACGGCCACCCGGAGACGGGGAACUACUGCUCAUACUGCUACCGAGAGGAGCUGAGGAAGAGGGAGACGGAGCCGGCCGUCCACCGCUUCUGA